AUCAAGCAGCAUCUUCAGACAAGAUGAACUCCAAGCUCACCACGAAUCAGGAGAGAGCAAUCUGCUCUCAGCUGAGAAAUGUCAAACUGAAGUUGCUCUAUAAAGCCAGCAUCCAUGGUUUCACUGGAGCAGCUUUCCACCAACACUGUGAUAACAAGUCACCCACUGUGUCUGUGGGAUACAACAAAUCUGGAUAUGUGUUUGGAGGCUACACCAGACGACCGUUCACUCAGUCUGGACAGUUUGUCAAUGAUUGCGAAGCCUUCCUGUUCUCCUUCAGUGGACGCAUGCUCGAGAAAUAUCCAUGCUUCAGUGCUUCAUAUGCUGUGAAAAUGAUCAACAACUGUGGUCCUUAUUUUGGAGAAGAUUUAAUUCUCCUUAAUGGAAGCCAACCAGUAGUGCACAGUAAUCCUGGAAAGUAUUACAACUUCAAUGCUAGACAGAUGCACGGCAACGACCUCAACCUGACUGAGUGUGAAGUUUACCAGGUGGAAGAGACUGUUAUAAUGGCGAAACCAUGGAGACUUGUAAUCUGGGAGUCUAAAACAAAGACCGAGCUGAUGGAGAGCAUUCAAUUCUACAAACCUUUGAACAACUCAGUGACUCAGGCUCGGGUUUUACUUGUUGGACCUGUUGGAGUGGGAAAGUCCAGCUUCUUCAACUCCAUCAACUCCGUUUUUAGAGGUCAUGUCACCAGUCAGGCCAUCUCUGGAAGCUCCUCCACCAGCCUGACAACACAGUUUAGAACAUUCUCCGUGAAGGCUGGAAGAGAAGGUAAACCUCUGCCACUCGUCCUGUGUGACACCAUGGGACUGGAGGAAAACGUGGGGGCGGGACCUGUUAUAGAUGACAUCAGCAAUAUUCUUAAAGGUCAUCUGCCUGACCGUUACCAGUUCAACCCCUCUGGUCCUCUGCAAUCAGAGGCUCACGGUUUCUGCAAGAGUCCAGAUCUCAAAGACAAGAUCCACUGUGUGACUUAUGUCCUGGACGCCAGCAAGAUCUCCAUCAUGUCCACAAAGAUAGAGGAGAAGCUGAAAGCUAUCCGUAGGACUGUCAACUUGAUGGGGAUCCCUCAGCUGUUGUUGCUCACUAAAAUCGAUGAAGCCUGCGCUCUGGUGAGAGAAGACAUCAGAAAUGUCUACCGGAGUAGCUACAUUAAAGAACUGAUGCAGGAGGCCGCCGCUCGGGUCGGUGUACCUUUGUCCUGCAUCAUUCCAGUGAAGAACUACAGUGAGGAGCUGGAAUUGGACACAAACACCGACAUCCUGCUGCUCAGUGCGGUUGUUCAGAUGAUUCGCUUUGUGGAUAACUUCUUUGAUGACAUCAGUGGUCAGCUGAGCAGUCUCACAACUGGGAAGUGAAGCUUUGGCGGAAUUUCAAUCAGGAAGAUUUACUUCCUCUCAGGCAUGUAGGGUGUUUAUCGUCACUCUUCACGUCAUCCGUUAGUAUGCACUGGGAGCCAAUAGCUGAAGUACUCACUUUCUUCACAGCCAAUCACAAUCAAACUUCUGCGUUUAAAUUCAGUAAAGUUUUUUUUUUUUUACGCAUUCCAGACAUUGCACCGGCCCACCACCAUCCCAUACCCAUCCUAGCUCUUCGAUUGGCGCGUUACUGCCUACCCACCAUCAGCGUCUGGGCUCUGGGUCUCUUCAUCUGGUCCAAGAGUUCCUCACUUCCUCCAACUCAUACACCUCUGCUUUGAAUGGAGGAUCACUUUACUUGGCCCAAGGUCUUCUUUAGCAAGCAAGAUUUCUCCAGACCAGAGACCAACCACCAAGACUUUUAUUUUCAUGCUAAAUGU